UCACUUUAAGCUCUUCUUAACUCACUCACUCACUCUCUCUCUCUCUCUCUCAAACAACCAAAUACUUCAUCUCUCUCUCUGGAACAAUGGCGAAGAAGAUGAGUUCUAUCAUCAUCUUCAACAUCCUCCUCCUCCUCACAAUCCAAACCCACGCACACAACGUCACGCGCCUCCUAGCAAACCACCCUUCAUUCUCCUCCUUCAGCCAUUACCUAACACAAACCCACCUCGCCGACGAAAUCAACCGGAGAACAACCAUAACCGUAUGCGCCGUCGACAACGCCGCCAUGGCAGCGUUAACCUCAAAAGGCUACACAAUCACGACUCUCAAGAACAUCCUCUCGCUUCACGUCCUUCUUGAUUACUUCGGAACCAAAAAACUCCACCAGAUCCGUGACGGUUCUGCUCUCGCCGCUACUAUGUUCCAAGCCACCGGAGCUGCUCCUGGAACCACCGGAUUCGUUAACAUUACGGAUCUGAGAGGUGGUAAAGUCGGGUUUGGUCCUGACGGCGGAGAUCUGUCUUCUUUCUUUGUUAAAUCUAUUGAAGAGCACGGCUGUAAAGUGUUUGCUGAGACUCUUCUCACUAACCCUGCAGCUUCAAAAACCUAUCAGGAGAGUUUAGAAGGAGGAAUGACAGUGUUCUGUCCAGGAGAUGACGCAAUGAAAGGUUUCUUGCCCAAAUACAAGAACUUGACAGCUCCAAAGAAAGAAGCGUUCCUCGAUUUCCUAGCCGUCCCGACAUAUUACUCAAUGGCGAUGCUCAAAUCCAACAACGGUCCGAUGAACACACUUGCCACAGAUGGAGCUAACAAGUUCGAGCUUACUGUACAGAACGAUGGAGAGAAAGUUACGCUCAAGACAAGGAUCAACACUGUCAAGAUCGUUGAUACUCUCAUCGACGAGCAGCCUUUGGCUAUUUAUGCCACGGAUAAGGUUUUGUUGCCUAAAGAGCUUUUUAAGGCUUCGGCUGUUGAAGCUCCGGCUCCUGCACCGGCACCAGAGGACGGAGAUGUUGCGGAUUCUCCAAAAUCAGCUAAAGGUAAAGGGAAAGGGAAGAAGAAGAAGGCUGCUCCGUCGCCUGAUGAGUCGGCUUUUGGUGACUCGGAUUCGCCUGCGGAAGGGCCUGAUGGAGAGGCUGAUGAUGCGACUGCUGAUGAUGCUGGUGCGGUUAGGAUCAUCGGAGGAGCUAAGGCUGGUUUGGUGGUGAGCUUGCUCUGCUUGUUUGCUUCUUCUUGGCUUCUAUAGUUCCACUUCUUGUUUCUUCUAUGUUCUUUUGUGAAUCUUUAUUUAUGGCUUUUGGGGGAAAGUAAAUGAGGAUUAUUUAUUUCCCCCCAAUUAUUGAGUUUUUUUUUUCUCCUUUUUUUUUUAAUUUUAAAAUUUGGUUGUCGAAUUAAUUUUAGUCGGUAGUUAAUAUAUUUUAUGUGUUCUUGUUUCACGUGUUUGUUUAGUUUAUGAUGUAACGAAUGGGUGUUGGGGAAAACUUAAUACUCUUUAUCUUCUAUAAUGAUACUCUCCUCUUGGAGGUCUAA